CACUUCCCUCCGUAUAAAGUGCCCCCCUCUCUCAGCUUACUUCCCCUCAGCUUCACAGUAAGAAGGGCUUUUCCUCCUCCUCCUCCUCCUAAGCUGCCACUGCAAGCUGAACGAGCUAGCAGCUACUUCUCAUGGCGGCCAUCCUGACUCCUGCCACCACGGGCCCUCAUUCGACUCGUCUUGCUCUCCCCAUCGCCAAACCUAAGAUCCCUUUACAGAGGACCCACCUCGUGCGGUGCGUCCACCGGCCGGAAAUCUCCCCCUUCUUCCACGGCGCCGUCGGGGCCAACCGCGCCGACUGGCAGAGCGCCUGCGCUAUCCUCUCCAGCAAGGUCGCGACCACCUCCCAGAACCAUCAGCAGACGCCGCAGCACCACGAAGCCGGGGAUGACACCAACCACAGCUUGGUCCCCGUCGUCAACGGUCAUGGCUCAGCUGCCGCCGCGCUUGACCUUGUCCCGGUCCAGCUCCCGCAGCCGCUCACCAUCGCCGACCUGUCCCCGGCGCCGAAGCACGGGUCCCAGCUCCGGGUGGCGUACCAGGGCGUCCCUGGGGCUUACAGCGAGGCGGCCGCCGCCAAGGCCUACCCCAACUGCGACGCCAUCCCGUGCGACCAGUUCGAGGCGGCCUUCCAGGCCGUGGAACUCUGGGUCGCCGACCGGGCCGUCCUGCCCGUGGAGAACUCCCUGGGCGGCAGCAUCCACCGCAACUACGAUCUCCUCCUCCGGCACCGCCUCCAUAUCGUCGGCGAGGUCCAGCUCCCCGUCCACCACUGCCUUCUCGCCCUCCCGGGCGUCCGCAAGGAGCAGCUGACCCGGGUCAUAAGCCACCCGCAAGCCCUCUCCCAGUGCGAGCACACCCUGACGGCGAUGGGCCUCAAUGUGGCGCGCGAAGCCUUCGACGACACGGCCGGGGCCGCCGAGUACGUGGCGUUGAACGGGCUACAGGACACGGCGGCCAUCGCGUCGGCUCGGGCAGCGGAGCUGUACGGGAUGCAGGUGCUGGCGGACGGGAUCCAGGACGACAGCGGCAACGUGACGCGGUUCGUGAUGCUGGCGCGGGAGCCCAUCGUGCCCCGGGUUGACCGGCCAUUCAAGACGAGCAUCGUGUUCGCAGCCCACGACAGCGAGGGCACGUCCGUGCUGUUCAAGGUGCUCUCCGCGUUCGCCUUCCGUGACAUCGGCCUGACCAAGAUCGAGAGCCGGCCGCACCGCCAGCGGCCCAUCCGGCUAGAGGACGAGGCCAGCAGCGGCGGCGGCGGCGCAGCCGGCACCGCCAAGCACUUCGAGUACACCUUCUACGUGGAUUUCCAGGCCUCCCUGGCGGAGCGCCGGGCGCAGAACGCCCUCGCCGAGGUCCAGGAGUUCACUUCCUUCCUCCGCGUCCUCGGCAGCUACCCCAUGGACAUGACACCCUGGAGCAUCACUUCCUCCUCAUCCAACUCCUCCUCCUCCUCCUCUUCCUCCUCUCCUGGUUCGCAGCAAUAACAGCAACCUCUAGUUUUCCCGUUCACGGUGUGCGUUGUCAUUGUUGUUGACCGAACGAUGGACCUUCCCCCCCACUAUUGUACCUCUAUCAGUUCACCGGCCCCAUUCCUCAUUAUUGUCACCCUCAUGAUGGUCUUCGUCUUCCUCUCCCUCCCUCGCCUACCUUUCCUUUUUGUUUCCGCUUAUCAUGUAACGCCGUGUACAUUCCUUCGGAUCAGCUUCUAUUGCGAUUGCAGUCACCGCCUCAACUGAUCCGACGGCUGAAGUUGGUCAGAUCAGAGUACCACAGUAAGCACAGCAGCAGUGAGUGGUUCAUGUAUAGGCUUAAAAACAAUAGUUGCAUUAUGAUGAUGAUUUCAUAAAUUAUUUGUUCAAUAAUUUUGUUAAUUACG